GCCUUUAAAUUACCCAACCGUCGCCUCCCUGCCCAAACCCCUUCAUCUCGCCUUCCCUUGCCUAUCUUUUAAAUGGCGAUCUCUUCAGCCCCUCGCCACCAUUUUCUCCUCCUGGCCACCUGCACCUUGCUUCUGGUAACAUUCUCCAAGCCUGCACUCUCCGCUCAGCGUUGCCCGGACUGCGGCGCCACGCCGGUUCCCUACCCACUAAGCACCCGGCCCACCUGCGGCGACCAGCUCUACAAGCUCCGCUGCAGCGCCGGCUCACUUUUAUUCGACACCUUAAACAACACCUACCCAGUCACCUCCGUUUCCCCUCAACUCCAGCGUCUCACCAUUCAACCCUCCCCCUUCCUCCCCAGCACCUGCAUCACCGCUGAUAUUUCCACCCAAGGCGUCCAGCUCAACUCUUCCUUGCCUUUCAACAUCACCAGCAGCAACACCAUCUUGUACCUCAAUUGUACCCAGACUCUGUUGAGCUCUCCUUUGAAUUGUACCUCAAGCAGUCUCUGUCAUACGUUUAUCAACGGGACCAGGAAUGUCAGCGACGGCGGCGCUUGUGAGAAUUCGGAGAUAUGCUGCACGUUCAGGGCGGGCGGGUCGUCGACUUCUUAUUCCAUUCGGGUGAGGGAUGCGGGUUGCCGGGCGUACCGGGCUUUUGUCAACUUGGAUUACUCGUUGCCCGUGAGUAGGUGGCCGCAGCCUGGCCUGGAGUUGCAGUGGGUUUCGCCUAGUGAACCCAUUUGCCGGAACCAAACGGAUUGUGACUCGGAAUCCACCUGUGGACCCGACCCAAAUUCGAACAGUGGGGUCCGGAGGUGCUUCUGUAACUCCGGCUUGCACUGGGAUGCGAUCGCUGGAUUAUGUUCCAAGGAUGUAACGUGCCAGGAUCCAGAUGGAUGUGGCAGUAGCCGAACUGGCCUCACAGCUGGUCUCUCUACGGGUCUGGGUGCAGGACUAAUAUUGGCAGUAAUUGGAUUUUUACUUUACAAACGACAUCAGCGCGUCAAGGAGGCAAAGGAUCGGCUUGCUCGGGAGCGUGAAGAAAUUCUCAAUUCUGGUGGCGGCAAAUAUGCAAAAAUAUUUAGUGGGAAAGAAAUAAAGAAGGCAACAAACAACUUCUCAAGGGACCGUCUUCUUGGUGUAGGAGGCUACGGUGAGGUGUAUAGAGGCAUCCUUGCAGAUGGAACGGUUGUUGCUAUCAAAUGUGCCAAACUAGGGAACACUAAAGGGACUGACCAAGUUCUUAAUGAGGUCAGAAUACUUUGUCAGGUAAAUCACAAGAGCCUUGUAGGCCUCCUUGGAUGCUGUGUUGAGCUCGAGCAACCGUUGAUGGUUUAUGAAUAUGUCCCAAAUGGAACCCUUCUCGAUCAUUUACAAGGUUUGAACAGGCAACCUUUAGCGUGGACUGCUCGUCUCAUCAUUGCUCGUGCGACUGCUGAGGGGCUUGCUUACCUCCAUUUCUCUGCAGUUCCUUCAAUUUAUCAUCGUGACGUGAAGUCUAGUAACAUUUUGCUCGACGACAAGCUAAAUGCAAAGGUUUCAGAUUUUGGGCUAUCUCGUCUAGCUCACACAGAUCUAAGCCACAUAUCAACUUGUGCACAGGGAACUCUUGGAUAUCUCGACCCUGAGUACUACAGGAACUAUCAGUUGACGGAUAAGAGUGAUGUCUACAGCUUUGGCGUCGUGCUGUUGGAGCUCUUGACAUCUCAGAAAGCAAUAGAUUUUAAUAGACCGGAAGAUGAUGUAAACUUGGCAGUCUAUGUGCAGAGGUUGGUGGAGGAGGAGAAAAUAAUGGAUGCAGUUGAUCCAAUAUUGAAGCAGGGGGCAAGCACUUUGGAGCUUGAUACCAUGAAGGCACUGGGGUUUCUUGCUAUGGGGUGCUUGGAGCAACGCAGACAAGACAGGCCUUCCAUGAAAGAGGUGGCUGAGGAGAUUGAAUAUAUUAUCAGCAUUGCAAAAUCAAAGUCUAUCCCAGAAGAGUAGGAGUAGUGGCAGAAUAAAAUGAUGGAAUGUCUAUCCCAAAAGUCUAUCCCAGCUGCUAAAUUUGAUAAAAUGAUGUGUGUUUUAUCGUAGUGGCAGAAUAGCAGAGUGAAAAUUUUGUUUGUUUGUUUUAUAGUGUUGUUGGUCGUGGUUGUUAACUUUCUUCCCGUUGUACAUGUAUCUGUCACUCCCUGUAAAACCAUUUUUGUUGCUUGGUUAAUGGUUUUUUUCACUUUUCCGUUCCA